ACAAGGUCUUAAUGUGGAUGAUCCUGAUGAAACGUUACCAAGUAUUGACCUUCCUAUGGGAUUGAUUCCAUGUGGUACUGGAAAUGGGAUAGCACAUGGAUGUUAUGGUAAUAAAGAUGUUACUACAGCAGCAUUGUCAAUCACAAUAGGCUAUCAGUAUCCGGCGAACAUGAUGAGUGUUCACAGUGGCAACAAGCUGAUUGCUUACAGUACCUUGUUGGCUGGUUAUGGAACAUGGGGUGACUUGAUUUAUGCAGCAGAAUCUAGAAGAAGUCAAGGAGUAUUGAGAUAUCCUGGAAUGAUUUUGCAUUAGUUGCAAUGAUCGAACACAUGCUGAUAAAAGCCUUUCGCAGUGUAAGUUUGACAAUAGAUUCUAGCAGCAAAGAUAUUCCAAUAAAACAAAAUAAUACGGAAGUUGACAAACAAACAAAAGACGAAAUGGACAACACAGGUAUUGCUGCUAAUAUGAAAGAAACUCCAGAUAGCACGACACAACCUGACGCUACAAGUAAUCAAAGUCUUCAUUCAGCAACAAUAAAAGAGAGUGUGAUUGGGGCAAUAAUAUUUAAUCUGACACUUUCGGAAGCAUUUGCUUCCACUGAGGAGCCGGAUUUGUCACAGUCGGCGAUGUAUUUGAACAAGUCAUCUCGACGCAUGAAAUACAUCAGCUUCCUGUUUCAGCUGAUUACACUUAACUUCAAUGCCAUUGAUAGAAGAGAUGAUAUAGCUAUUCUGCCUGGUAAACAAUGGACGUUAAAGUUAGAAGACCCAAGUCAGCCGGAAACAGAAAAUUGGGAACUUGAACACAUCAUGAACAUUGAUGGCGAGAUUUUUAGAUUGCCUAAACCAGAAUACCAAGCAAAAUUGCUGUCUGACAGAAUAAAAUUGUUCAGCAAUAUGCAGUAUGCAACAAAGAGGGAGAUGAAAAAGAAAUGAUGCAUACAUUUGUAUCAAGAAUUUGUGUUCAGAAUCAAACAUUUUAUCGAAACGAUAAAUAUAAUUAAUUCAUGUGUUUAGACACAUUAGCAUUUGGUACUAGCUAAAGUACCAUUAAGAAUAGGUAGAAACGGUAUUUAUGUCUUUUAAUAAAUAUAUAUUUUGAUACUAGUUAAAGUGUUGUAUCAAUUUUCUUAAUCAGUGUAUUUAUAUUGUAUUUGCUAGUCAGAUUCAUUGCGUCUUGUUUAUGUCUCUCAGAGGUUUUUGUCUCCUAGAUAUUUACAAAAAGAUUUACAUCUUUUUACAGAUUUCAUUAAAUAUAACAACAACAAUCUUUAAGUGCCGUGUGGCUGCAGUAAAAAAGUCUCCCCUUCUUGGAUUCAGUGAUGUUAUAUUUUCUGGUCCUUUUGUAACAUGGAGUCCAUUCAAUAGAGGUGUAAUAGAGUUCCGCUUAAGCCGGUGCUAGUGGGGCGUUAGAGGUGUUGCAUACUGUAUUACCUCUCAAUCAAACCGAGUCUACUAUUAUAAUUUUUGGUUGCAUUCUUUGCUUCUAAGAGAUUUUUAACAGAUUUUAUUUACUUCAUUCUUAAAUUUGACUGUUCAGCAAGCCUUAAUGCAUUUUGUACACUUUGACAGAUAUGCUCCAUUCAUCGUAUAUUUUCUACUUAAAGUGAGAUUGUUCGAUAUAUCUUUUACAUUUUUGAGUUUGACAUUUAAAUAUCAUGAUUCAAAUUAGGGAAAAUGUUUGAACCUCUUCCAAAUCUGACUGCUGUUUAUUACGAACAUUUACGUUCGUCACAAUGCUGGUAUUUUGUAUAUACUGAUCUCAACAUUGAUUUAGAAUUUCAUUUAAUAUUGACUUGCGAGAACCUAUUUGCAAAUAGCUUUAUUUAAUCGAAGACAUUCUUACUCUAUAGAGCUUAAACGAUUUUUGUUAUUUGACAUGUAUGUGCCUGUUGUCAAACCAGUUAAAAUUUAUGUUCAUAUUGGCACCUAGCUAAUUAUCAAAAAGAGGGUUAAUAUUCUUUCGCUCUUGGUCGGUCUGUCUGUCCGUCAGCCGGUAAACCAACUGGUUUUCGGUCAUUUACUAGAGCAUGCUUUGUCAAAAUUCAUAUGAUGAUUGUCUACAGCAAGUGAAUGGCUCCUAUUGUUUUAAGGUCAGUAGAUCAAAGGUCACGUUUAAAGUAACCUCGAAACUUAAAAUGGUUUCCGCUUAAUAGGUAAAUAAAGCUUUGACCUACAGUUAUCAAACUCGUAGGAUGAUUGCCUAAUAUGGUAUGUUGAUGAAUCUAUCAUUUUGGGUGUCAGCUUGUCAAGGAUCAAAGUUAGAAUGACUUCUAGACUGAUAACGGUUUCUUUUUAAUAAGAAGUUGAGCCUAUCCGAAGGUCUAUGGUCAAGGCCGCAGUGACCGUAAGCCUGAAAAUGGUUUCCCCUUAGUAACUGAAGUUCUCACUUUACUUGAUUUGUUCCAUCCUUGCAUAAUCUUCUUUCAGUAUUGUUCAAAUGGUUUACAUUGUAGAAAAAAAAAUAUGUUCGCGAAAAUGUUACCAAAAUUGUGAUUUUCUCAUAGCGAUCAUUUCUUUAUUGUUUGCCAAAGCGUAUUGUGAGAUAUUGAAAUAUCUGGUUCAAUCAUAUUCUACAUUGUGGAAAAAAUGAUAUGAACCAGCCAUCUAUCAGUACAUGAGAAUGAUUCCAUUCCCAUUUUUAAACAAGUCAGUGAGAAAAUAAUUUAUCAAUUUAUUCGAUGAAUCAAGCAGACGGUCCGUUCGACAAUUGGGCAAUAGGCUAGACACAACCCGCUCGUUCAUGAGGCUUUUGGGCAGUAGAUCAGAUUGUCAGAUUCAACCCGUUCAUAAGACAAAUUGGGCAAUAGGUCAGAUUGUUAUAUCCAACCCGCUCAUCAGACAAUUUUGGCAAUAGGUCAUAAUGUCAAAUUCAACCCGCUCGUUAGACAAUAUAGGCAAUAGGUCAAACAGUCAGUUAGACAAUUUAACAAUAGGCCAAACUGUCGGAGGCAACCCACUCGGUAGACAAAUUUGGGCAAUAGGUUAAAAUAUCAGAUUCAUCCCCCUCAUUAGACAAUAUAGGCAAUAGGUAAAAAAUGUCAGAUUCAACCUGCUCGUUAGACAAUUUAGCAAUAGGUCAAACUGUCGGAGUAAACCCGCUCGUCAGACAAUUUAACUUUAUGUCAGAUUGUCAGAAUCAACCCCUUAUUAGACAACUGGGGAAUAGCUAAGAAUGUCACGUAUAUUAAACUUUUCAGAAAUAUGUACCACCAAGAAGAGAUAUACAUAUCAAAUAAUUUCCAACUAAACAGCUAUAUGCAUGUGAUCGCUUGACGAAACACCAUCGGGGUAAAAUCUAUGCAUCCACCGACGUCCUUAAUUAUCUAUGACAUUCUUUAGGCCACAAGUCGGGCUUGGGAGAAAAUCUUAAUACAUAGACAAGACCUUUUACAGAAUGAAAAAAUAAGAAUGAUGUCAUCAUUGUAUGACAAGUGUCCCCGAAAAUGCUUGACAAAAUAAUAAAAUCCAAAACUGGUUCAUAACUGUGGCAAGUGAUAAGUCUGACACUAGAAUCCAUACCAAAUGCAAGUGUCUGCUUGAUUGACUUAUGUGUAGUUUCAUUUUAGUUUGAUGGAAAUAGUGGGAAAAGUUGUGUACACUAUGUUCUGAUGUUGUUGUAAUAUUGUGAUAGAGCUAAAUGCUCAGCGACUGUUGUUGAUGCGCUGAUGGGGAAUCAGCAAAAUUGAUGAAUAACUCCAACUCUGUUUUAAAUGUCUUGUAUUGAAAUCAACACAAAUAUAAAUAACAAAUAAAUAACGAGUUCCUUCAACAAUUAAA